GUCCCCAGUGUCUCCACCCGACGUCCGUCAGACCUCCGUACUUGGCUUCGCAGUGCCCGCCACUGUCUCCUGCGCUCCCGCGCCGCGUUCCGCCCAGGCCUUGCCCAGCUGGAAUGCAGAGAUCGCCGCCCGGCUACGGCGCACAGGACGACCCGCCCUCCCGCCGCGACUGUGCAUGGGCCCCCGGACUCGGGGCCGCUGCUGAGGCGCGCGGCCUCCCUGUCACCAACGUCUCGCCCACCUCGCCCGCUUCUCCGUCCAGCCUUCCGCGGAGCCCACCGCGCAGCCCCGAAUCAGGGCGCUAUGGCUUUGGCCGCGGAGAGCGCCAAACUGCCGACGAGUUGCGCAUUCGGCGGCCCAUGAACGCCUUCAUGGUGUGGGCGAAGGACGAGCGCAAGCGACUGGCGCAACAAAAUCCGGAUCUGCACAACGCAGUGCUGAGCAAGAUGCUGGGCAAAGCGUGGAAGGAGCUGAACACGGCGGAGAAGCGGCCCUUCGUGGAAGAGGCCGAACGGCUGCGUGUGCAGCACUUGCGCGACCAUCCCAACUACAAGUACCGGCCUCGCCGCAAAAAGCAGGCGCGCAAGGUCCGGAGGCUGGAGCCCGGCCUCUUGCUCCCGGGCCUCGUGCAGCCGUCUGCGCCGCCCGAGGCCUUCGCUGCAGCAUCAGGGUCAGCUCGCUCCUUCCGCGAGCUACCCACUCUGGGUGCGGAGUUCGAUGGCUUGGGGCUACCCACGCCCGAGCGCUCGCCUCUGGACGGCCUGGAGCCUGGCGAGGCCUCCUUCUUCCCACCGCCUUUGGCGCCCGAGGACUGCGCUCUGCGGGCUUUCCGGGCGCCCUAUGCCCCUGAGCUGGCACGGGACCCGAGCUUCUGCUACGGGGCGCCCCUGGCUGAAGCGCUCAGGACAGCGCCGCCUGCCGCGCCACUCGCGGGCCUCUACUAUGGCACCCUGGGCACUCCAGGCCCGUUUCCCAAUCCUCUGUCACCACCACCUGAGGCCCCGUCUCUUGAGGGCACAGAGCAACUGGAGCCUACCGCUGACCUUUGGGCCGAUGUGGACCUCACCGAAUUCGAUCAGUAUCUCAACUGCAGCCGGACUCGACCAGAUGCCACUACACUCCCCUACCACGUGGCACUGGCCAAACUAGGUCCGCGCGCCAUGUCCUGUCCAGAGGAGAGCAGCCUCAUUUCUGCGCUGUCUGAUGCCAGCAGCGCGGUCUAUUACAGCGCUUGCAUCUCAGGGUAGACACUGUCCUUGUCCUCCACCGCUUCUGCAUGUGGCCAAGUGGCAGGGUUGCCAGCUCCCUCCUUUCGCAUAUGUAUGUUAGGGUAUGCAACAGCCUUUAGAGCUGGUGGCCUAAAGGUGCCACUUCUGUCGCCCCCUCAUUUACACACCUCCUUCUGGGAGUUCCUGUGCUUUGGGCCUUCCCUAGGAACCUCAGGUCCUGGACGUGCUAGCUGCCUCUACCAGGAUUGUUUUUGAAUCAUCUAAUUCUUUUCUGCUAUGUAUUUUCUAGAAUGGGACUGUAUUUUUUACUUUGCCUUUAUAUAUAUAUAUAUAUAUAUAUAUAUAUAUAUAUAUAUAUACAAUAUAUUUAAUUUUUAAUUAAACUUUUUUCUUUAAAAGGGU